CAGCGGCCUCACUAGGGCUCGGUUUCCGCAGGUCUGCGGGGCGGAGUCAGCGCGCAGGGGCGGGACUUCAGAAAAUAGCAAGGAGGAGACAGCAGUCAGUCAGACCCCGGCUCCGAGGACGGGCUCCGGGCUGAGCGCGGCAGCCAUGCAGGCGGCAGGCGCUGGCAGCGCAGGACAAGGCAGGCUGGGCCGGGGCGGCCCGGCUGAUCACCGCAUCCCCCACAGCGCGGACGCGGCCGGCGCCACAUCCAGCGGAGCUUCUCCUGUCGCGCGAGCACAGAGUGCCCCAGGGCCGAGCGGAGACGCCGAGGCCACAGCCAGCAGACCGGGAAACCGACUACAUAUUUUUGCCCUACGAGUGUCGUUCCCGUCCCCCUUGGAGGCAGACAUCGCCCAUGGAUCCCUGGCCCCAGAUGCAGAACCCCACCGAGGGGUGGUCCGGAAGGACUUAACAGUGAACGGCAGCGUCCUAGCGGUCCGCUGGAGAGCUGAAGAUUCUGGCCUCCUCCGAAUUUCCAUCAUCAACUUUCUUGACCAGCUUUGCCUGGUGAUGCGGACUCUGCAGCGCUUUGGAACCCCUCUUUCUCGCUGAGCCUGGGGUAGCAAAAGGGGGCCGAAGGCCCACCUUGUGUGACCUCCUGGACAAUGGACCCUUCCUACGGCAGUGAUUCCUGCAAUAGUCGCCACUUUAUUAUGGGGCCCUGGGCACUUGGGGCACUCGGAGUCUGCUUGGUUUGUUUGGUGCUUAAGUGGUUGGUCCCGCAGAAAAUAAACUGACCUGCUAGUCCAUGCCUGAGUUUCUUUUCAACGACAGCACCUAAUAUUCUUGCCUUUGUCCCAGGAUUGAAGGGGAGGUCUGGGAUUCAGUUAUUCGACUACUCCAAGGUAACAAGACAAUUUGGAAAAUGGAAGAUGGGUCCUGUCCUUUGGUCAAUAUUUUGGAAUCCACUGUCAACAUUUUGGAAUCUUUCCUUAGUUUUAUAGCUGUAUUUAUAUAGUCAGUGUAUAACAAUACACAAUGUAUAUUAUUUUGCAACUGUAGCAUGUUUAUUGAGACUUUUCAUCUAACAUGAAUUUUUCCUCUUUCUAAAAAUUCCUCAAAAGCAUUAUUGAAUGGAGACAUAAAAGAGACAUUAUAAUGUAAUUAUUGACCAUUUGAAUUGUUUUUCAACUUUUGUCCUGUUAUAGGUAACGAUUCGAUGGAAUUCUAUAUAAAUCUUUGCGUGAAUGAUUGUUUCCUUAACAUAGAUUCCAAGAGGUAGAUUUACUGAGUUAAAUAUUUAUGAUUUACUUUUUAAAGCUCUCAAUCUACAGGACAGAAUUGCUCUCCAGAAAAUGUACCUUCCUGUCAGAAUGCUGGUUUCCCACAUCUUUGUCACCACUGGGCCUCCUUGGCAAAAAAUUUUUGAAACUUAGUUUGCAUGAGAGAGGAAACAACCCAGAAAUACUAGACUCCGAGCCUUGUGGGCUGACUGGCCUUGUCUCAGGUCAGUGUAGAAAAACAGCUCUUUUAUAGAUGGCAUCAGAUUUUCUCGAAGAUGAUCAUUUUUUCCCAGAAUAAAGGUGGUUUUACAUCCUUUUCA